AUGACCACUAUUGGCGCAUCCAAUCCAAGGGCAGUAGGGGACGGAGUCUGCUGCCUCUUCCCUACAAUCCACAACGUCAACCUGUCGACUAGUGAUGAAGGAAUUAAGACACUCGAUUUCGACCCAUGCGUAAUUCGAGCACUGAAAACAUCAGGCUAUGAAGUUCAAUGGAUCCUUUGCGCAGCAUGGGCGAUAGCUCUGUCGAGAUAUGUCGAGGCAGAUCGGAUCCGGUUUGCGUUUGAUACCGGUGCCGAAAGACAUAUCUGCAGUGUUACUCUCGACACGGAAUCUCCGGCAGGUACUUUAUUACGGGGAAAUGGAUGUGAUUUGUCCGUGUGGAGCAGGACCGAAGCCGAGGCUAUCAACACAGGAGUCUAUAUCCAAGAUUCACCCGACGAAUGUGACGAUUUCAAACAGUUACACGGAGUGAAUAUAGUGGGACAGUUUCACGGCUCUCAUCCUGUUCUGCAGCUUGCCUACCGAGGUCACUUGCUGUCGCCGUUUUAUGCCAAAAAUCUCGCCAAUACUGUCGGUCAUGUCUUGGAGUGUAUCCUGGAAGAACCUAUUCGGCGAGUCGGACAGAUCUCCUUGUGCUGCCCCAUUCAGCGACAGCGUAUUUUAAGCUGGCAGAAGAGCAUCCCAUUGCGCGAGGCCACGCAUUCCGCCAUAUAUGAACUCGUAGAAGAGCGUGCUGCGCAGCAAGCAAACGCCCAGGCAAUUGAGGAUACCGAUGGCUCCUUUACAUACGCGGAACUUGAUCAGCUGUCCUCUCGCUUGGCAGCGCACCUCGCGGAUAGACACGAUGUUCGCAGCGGGACAAUGGUCAUGCUAUGUGCCGCUAAAACGCGAUGGGUGAUCGUGGCCAUGCUCGCUGUAAACAAGGCCGGGGGAUGCUUUGUCCCCUGUGACCCCGAGUAUCCAGCUAGUCGUCGGCAUGCAAUGGCAGCAAUCUGCGGGUCUAGGAUCGCCAUCGUCUCAGCCGGAUACGAACACGCCUUUGAUGGAAUUGUCAACGAAACUCUCGUCGUCUCGGCGGCUACGGUGGGCACAUGGUUGGCAAAGCCACGAGAAUUUGCGACAAGCUCGACGGACCCGGCGUACUGCUUCUUUACGUCUGGAAGUACGGGCGAGCCUAAGGGAUGUGUUGGUUCUCACUCGGCGCUCGCAGCAGUUGCCCACCAGGUUCCCGCACUGCACCUCUCGCCUGAGAGCCGCGUGCUCCAAUUCGCAAAACUCGGGUUCGGAAUCUCUUUUAUCGAGAUAUUUUGCACGUUGGCCGCGGGGGGAACAAUCUGCAUGCCGUCCGAUCAAGAACGAAUGAAUGCGCUCACCGAUGCCAUGAACCGGAUGAAGGUCAACUGGGCUCUCCUCACACCAACAAUGGCAGAGUCGCUGGAUCCUGCGUCUUUGAAGACAUUGGACAAGCUAUUUCUGGGCGGGGAAGCGCCGAGUGAGGCCCAUAUUCUCAAGUGGGCGUCCAAAGUCGAGCUCUUUCAGGUUUACGGGACCACUGAAAUGGCCGGGGUAACAUGCGUCUCGCAGCAGAUCACCUCCCCCCAGGCUCGGCGGACUGUCGGCAGCCCUGCAAACACCCGUGUGUGGCUUGUGGAUGUCAAUCGCCAUGAUCGACUGGCUCCUAUCGGUGCCGUCGCUGAGCUUCUGAUUGGGGGACCAAGUCUGGCGGAUGGAUAUCUGGGGGAACCCGAGCGUAGCGACGGGUCGUUCAUCUCAGAUGCUCCUUGGAUGAGCGGGUCUGCGCUCGAACCCACGAUGCGUCGAGCUUAUAAGACUGGUGAUCUGGUACGUUAUAAUGAGGACGGAUGCCUCAGUCUGGUAGGACGGAAAGGCACACAGGUCAAACUGCGUGGGCAGCGGCUGGAGCUCGAGGAUAUCGAGUGUCAACUCACUCGGGUACUACAGGAUUCAGAAACUCUCUCCAACGUCCAGCGAGUUGUGGCUAUGGUCAUUGAGCCUGAGAUUCUAGUAGCGGUGCUCGUAAUACCAACUGGCAAGCCCAUAGUAAGCAACGGGCUGCAAUUCCACCCGAUCGAUGCUGGACAGAUGCUUUCGGACCUCGAGCAUGUCCAGUCGAAACUAUCGUCCUUGCUGCCCAGUUUCAUGGUGCCGCAGCUGCUCCUUCCACUCACGGAUCUGCCAAAAGGCGCUACAGGCAAAGUCGACCGACGCACGUUGCGGCGCCAAUUGAGCACCAUCCCGUUCGAAGAAUUACGUCGUCUGGCAGGAGUCAUAGUGCAAACACAAUCCCCUGAGACUGACGCGGCGCGAACCAUCCAUGCUUUGGUCUGUGAGGUUCUCAAGCUGACCUCAGACAAGGUUGGCAUGGGGGAUAACUUCUUCCACCUCGGGGGCAAUUCCAUGCGUGCCAUUCAGAUGGUUGCUGCUGCCAAACGCCGUUCUGUGCAGCUGACCGUUGCGGAUAUUUUCAAUCAUCCCGUACUAGCCGACCUUGCAUCCGUUGUUGGUACAGCAAGUGAUGCUUGCCCUUUGACUGUCAACAGCUUUGCCCUUGUCCGCCCCCCUGUGGAAUGCGAAAGAGAUUUCCGCCGAGCGGUUGCCUCCCAAAUGAACAUUGACCCUGCCAUUAUUCAGGACGCAUAUCCUUGCACGCCAUUGCAGGAAGGGCUCAUGGCGCUGACGGAAAAGUGCCCGUCAUCUUAUCAGUGCAGAGUAGUCUGCCAACUCAAGGACAGUGUCCAGAUCGAGGCGUUCAAAGCGGCCUGGGAGGCCGUCGUAGCGCAGAACGACAUCCUGCGAACACGUCUCGCUCUGGCACCAUCGCAGAACCUGAUACAAGUCGUCCUCCGUGAGCCUUUCGUGUGGGAUGCCCCACAACACCGAAUGAACUACCUGGCCCAGGCGGAACCAGCGGUCAUGGGGGUGGGAACACGACUUCUCCAUUGUUGUAUUUUAGACGACGAACCCAGUGGCCCAGUGUUUAUCGUGACCAUCCACCACGUGCUAUGCGACCGCUGGUCAAUUAGACUGAUGCUAGAGCAGGUGCAGUCAACCUAUCAGAACGGUCAUGCCGUCCAGCGAAACACUUUUACUCCCUUCAUUCAAUACAUCCAGCAGCAAUCACGAGGUUCCGACGCCUACUGGAGCACCAGCUUCACCAAUCUUGAGGCGCAAGUAUUCCCCCCACUUCCCCAACCUGAUUAUACGCCCGUUGCCGACGGAGAGUUGCGAGAGGAGUUUCACCUGCCCCCACGAGUAGCCCGAAACUACACUUUGCCCUCAUAUAUCCGGCUGGCCUGGGCGCUUGUCAUCGCACACAAUACGGCCGUGGACGACGUGGUGUUCGGCGAGACGCUCAGUGGAAGAAACGCCCGCCUCAACGAUGGUCAUGACAUUGGACAAGUCGUUGGUCCCACUAUCGCCACCGUACCCCAGCGCAUUCGACUCGACAUGACCAAGUCAGUCGACAAGGUCCUGGCAGAGCUGCAGGACCAAGUGGCUCAUAUGGCUUCCUACGAGCAGGCAGGUCUCCAGAAGAUCCGCCGAGUUUGCCCAGAGGCUGAAAUUGCGUGUUUGUUCCAGAGCCACCUGGUCAUUCAGCCGGCGGCCGACUUUCCAGAGGACAUCUUCCGCAGUGUACAGGCGACGUCUGUCUCUAUAGGCGGCUUCCUGUCGUACGCGCUGGCGCUUGAAUGCUGUCUGACGGAGGACGAGGGCCAUAUGACCAUGGUUUCUGGUUUUGAUAGUCGCGUGCUAUGUGAGGAUCGUGUCCGGCGACUACUCUCUCACUUUCAAAUGGUCUUGCGGUGUCUACUCGAGGACCCGUAUCAGCGGCUGGGUGACGUGCCCAGCGUAGGGCCUGCCGAUCUUGACCAAAUCUACGCCUGGAAUGCUACUGUCACCGAAGCUUCGCAGCAGAUCAUCCAUGAGGUAAUUCGACAACGGACACAAGAAGCUCCCUCGGCCCCAGCGAUAUCGUCUUGGGACGGAGAGCUCUCCUACCAGGAACUGGAGAAGCGGUCCAACCAGGUGGCAAUGCAACUUGUUGGGAGGGGAGUCAAACCAGGCAGCUUCGUCGCGAUUCUCUUCGAGAAAAGCAAGUGGACGACUGUGGCCAUUCUUGGUGUCAGCAAGGCGGGUGCCGCAUUCGUGCUCAUGGACCCGGGGCAACCGCACCAGCGACUGUCUACUAUUGCUCGCGAGUCUCAAUGCACGUUGAUAGUUUGCUCGGAGGCGACCAGGGCUCUAGCGAUGGAGAUCAUAUCAGCGGAUCUCGUGGUGGGAGACGACACGGUUGACAUUUGGGACUGCGAGGUGGAUUUGGCUCGACUGCCACAAGUAAACCCCCGAGACGCGGCAUACGCCGUCUUUACAUCAGGCUCCACGGGAACCCCCAAGGGCACAAUCAUUGAGCAUAGCUCCUACUGCACCUCGGCCAAGGAAUUCACCGCCUGCCAGCUGGUAGACAAGCACACCCGAAUGCUACAAUUCGCUUCCUACAGCUUCGACUGUUGUAUCGGGGAGAGCAUCAGCACGUUAAUGGUAGGCGGCUGCGUCUGCGUCAUCUCGGACGACGACCGACAGAACGCCCUCGCCCGUGCGGCCCGCGACGCCGAGGUCACCAACGCGAUGCUUACCCCGUCCGUAGCGCGCCUUCUGCGUCAUGAGGAUAUCCCCUCCCUGCGGGUGCUGUCGCUCAUGGGAGAGGCAAUGCGGCCCGCUGAUUACGACUAUUGGGCGGAGAGAGUAGUCCUGAUCAAUGGGUACGGGCCCACCGAAUGCUCCGUGGGCAUUUCGUAUCAGCAGUACCGCCCGGGCGUACAUGUACGGGACAUAGGGCGUCCCCGCGCCGCGGCGGCCUGGAUCACCGAUCCUCGCGACCACGAUCGCCUGGUGCCGGUGGGCGCCAUCGGGGAGCUGCUCCUGGAAGGUGACCCUGUGGCACCCGGGUACAUGAACAAUCCGGAGCAGACAGCGGAAGCUUUUCCCGAGAUUCCGGCCUGGCUUCGCGGCAUUCGGAAGACGCCUUAUCGGAUUUACAGGACGGGUGAUCUGGUGCACUAUAAUGAAGACGGCUCCUUGCGGUUUGUUGGGCGCGCAAAUGAUCAGAUCAAAGUACGCGGUCAGCGGCUGGAAAAGGGAGAGGUCGAGACGCAGUUGCGCCAGUGUUGGGAGUGGACGGACUGCUCACAACCUGCAGAGGUAGCUGUGGAUGCGGUGACGCCACUGGAGAACGCUGAUCGUGUUUGUCUCGCAGCGUUUGUCGUUAUCCAUAGCAAUACUGAGGAGACCCAGGACAUUUGGGCUGCUCCGGAUGCAGACUUCUGUCGACGGGCAGCCGACGCAGAAGCACAGUUGCAACAGCAGCUGCCGCACUUCAUGGUCCCCUCGAUAUUUGUGCCGCUCACACGGAUGCCUCGAAUGGCCAGCGGCAAGAUUGAUCGGCCAUUGCUGAGACGCCGCAUCCAGUCCAUGUCUGCCGAUGAACUCCGCACAUUCUUCCCUGCCGUUGCAUCGAGCCAUUUGAGCAUAUCCCCGGAGGAGGCGUUUCUGCAGGAACUCUGGGCACAAGUGCUUGGUCUUCCAGUUGAGCGAGUGGGUGUCGACGAUAACUUCUUUCACCUUGGCGGCGAUUCGAUCGCGGGAAUGCAGGUCGUCUUGCAAGCGCGUGCCAGGCAGCGGGUAUAUACACUGCCAGAUAUCUUCCAGUACAAGACCAUUAGGGCUCUCGUUCAGCAUACAGCUAUAUCUGAGAGCGAUACCGGUCACUCAGAAACUUCAGUCCCGAGCAAGAGGUCGAGUGACGUCCAAGCGUGUAAACAAUUACUGGCCGACGCUGGAAUAGCAGACCGGGAUCUUGAAGACAUAUAUCCAUGCGCUCCGAUCCAGUGCGGAAUGCUGCUGGUUCAGGCCAGUUCACCUGCUUUCUACCAUGUAGCCUUUACAUGGGAAGUAUUCAACGAGUCCGUCGAGACUGUCACAUCAGCUGUUCAACAGGUAAUCGCGCGACAUGCCAUAUUCCGCUCCUACUUUCUUGAGCCGUCUUUUCCCGAGUGUAAACAGCCCAACCUGUCGUUCAUCCAGGCUGUCGAGCGCUAUAAAUCCAGGGAAAUCCUCAUCCGGCCUGUCGCACAGCUGGACAGCUUCCCAGGUGAUUUCCAACCCUCAUUGCGGGAUCCAUCCCGGUUUACCAUCUACGAGGAUGCUUCAAGGGUCUGGGUCCGUCUGGACAUUACCCAUGCUCUAUGGGACGGAAUUACUUCGCUAUUCGUAGAGCACGACCUCGGUCUUGCUUGUCAGAACAGAUUACCCUCGCGCGCCCCUCCCCCAUUCCGGAACUAUAUCUCGUACAUCCAGAACCAAGACAAGGCGGCUGCCUCUGCCUUCUGGGAAGCGCAAUUGUGCCAAUUCGAGCCAUGUUACUUCCCCCCACUUACGUCAAACUUCUCCUAUGACCAAGGCACCUCUCAGUGUCGUCGAUUUGAGAUCGUCGACAACGCAGCAAUAGUCACAUACUGCCGCCAGUACCACAUCACCUCCCCCAAUCUAUUCUGCAUGGCAUGGGCGCUUGUCCUCCAUGUCUUCACGAACCUCGAGACCGUCUGCUUCGGGAACAUCGUUUCGGGGCGCGACAUCCUGCUGGAGGGGAUCGCAGAAAUGACGGGUCCAUUGAUAAACUGUCUUCCAUUCCGCGUAGACCUCAGCCGCGGGACAGUCACCCAGGUCCUCCAGCAGAUAUCGUCCGACUACGGGGCCAGUAUUGCGCACCAGACAUAUCCUGUGGCGGAGCUUGCACACCAUACCGGCCGCUCCCCAAUGGCCCUGUUCAACACGCAGAUUUCGAUUCGGCGACAAGAGCCCGCGGAACGGGAGGUCAAUCCGCGCACCCGCUUGCGAUCCAUCCAAUCCCCUGAACCGCAGGAGCGUCUCGUUAGUGUCUACGUGGUUAUAGAAGAGCAGCGCACGCGCGUCGAGCUCUGGCACUGGGAACCUAGUGUAUCUUCAGAGCAGGCUGCCAUCGUCGAGACAUGUUUCCGGAACGCCGUAUCCCAGAUACUGCAUUGCGCUGAGCAGCCUGCCAGGAGUCUGGAUGUCCUAACCUCGGAACAGAAACCGAUGAUCUAG